GGGACUGUGAUCGGCUCUUCUGGCUGCAUAUCGCAGAGCACGUCCGUGACUGAAGCCGCUAGGCGCACGGACACACUCACCCGCCGCGUGCCGGCGCCAGCCAUGGCCACCGGCCACAUCCUGCUCGUGUUCACCGCCAUUGUCGCCUUCUUCCUCCUCCCUUCUUCUUCCCACGGCUGGCGCGACACCAACUGCCCGCUGCCAUCCCCCGGCCACGGCAGCGGCAGCGGCGGUGAUGCCGGGCAUCAUCACCACCCGCCCCACCACGGCAAGCCGCCCAAGCACCACCAUCCGGGGAGCCCCGACUGCCCGCCCUGCCACACGCCGCCACCAACUCCUCCCUACUUCCCGCCAACUCCUCCAUCCUUCCCGCCAACUCCUCCCUACAUUCCGCCGCCAUCUCCCCUUCCGCCGCCAUACUCGCCGCCCUACGUCCCCCCAACCCCGCUGCCACCGCCAACACCGCCAUACUCUCCGCCCUACACGCCGCCAUACGUGCCGCCGACUCCGCCCUACACGCCGCCAUACGUGCCGCCGCCGUCGGGGGGGAAGACGUGCCCGAUAGACGCGCUGAAGCUGAACGCGUGCGUGGACCUUCUAGGGGGCCUGGUGCACGCGGUGAUCGGGAAGGAGGCGAGGAGCAAGUGCUGCCCGCUGGUGCAGGGGGUGGCGGACCUGGACGCGGCGCUCUGCCUCUGCACAACCAUCCGUGCGCGGCUGCUGGGGAUCAACAUCUACCUCCCCGUCGCGCUCCGCCUGCUCAUCACCUGCGGGAAGCACCCGCCCAACGGGUUCACGUGCCCGCAGCCACUCCUCGAUUGAUUCAUUCCGUAGCUGCGUACCUUCCUACGGAGUAAAUUACUUAUAGUUGGUGCCUGCAUGUAUGCUUGUCUGCUUGCUAUCUCCUGAUGGUCCUGUAUGGAUGCCUGCCUGCCUGCGAUCUGUAUCUCUCCGAUUUUAUUUCUUCUUUCCGUGUGGUGUAAGUGACUUGAGUGUGCGGACUGUAUGAGUGUGAUCCGAGUGUGUGCCCCGUUUGUCCGACCGACCAAGUGUGGUUUUAUUAAUUAACGCCUGAUGGUUAAUUACUCA